AUGUUCUUCAAAAUUAUCCUUACCUACCUCACCGUCACCCUCACCCUCAACCUCAUCACCCUCGGCGCAGCUAUCGCCCUCCCCAGAAACAUCAACACCGUCCUCGACAAGCUCACCGAACUCGGUACCCUCGAAGGCAAAGUCGAUCAGGAGCUCCAGUCAUGGACCGGCGAGCACAACGCCGCCAUGCCCCUCCUCAUGGCAAUCCAAGCCUGGGGCGACGGCAUGCAGGACACUACUGCAGCCGCUGAUGAGAUCCAGGGCCCAUUCCACGAGGCGGACAGCAAGCAAGUCAAGGACAUCACCGUGGGCAUGGGCGACGCCAUGCCCAAGACUUUUGCGCUGUUCAUGAACAAGAAACAAGUUUUGGAGGAGGCCUAUCUCCGCGGCGUGAUUUAUUUCCACCUGAAAAGUCUUCUGACUAGAACCGAGAGCCUGGCCGACGCCUUGGGAGAGAGAAUGGCUGAGAAAGAUAGAAAGGUUAUGGACGGGGUUGUCGAGGACGUUGUUGAUGGGUAUGAGAACGUGAUUGAUGAGUUUGAGUAUUGA